AGUCGUUCGAGCUGGUACGAGUUCGUUCGUUUUCCGCAGUGCUACCAAUACGAAAACCGGUCUUUCGAUCGCUCUUGUAUUGACGCCGCUGCUGCUCGCGCCGGGCCCAGGUGUGUUUUUGGUCGUGUCGGCUGUGCAGCCUCGGUUCACUUCGCCUUGCUGCACAAAACUAUCCGCUGUGAGCUGGUGGAGCAGGUUCGGACGGAUUGAACCCUUCUGCAAACCAUCGCUGCAAAACGAAGCUUUGUGAAUGGUGUGGGAGCAAAACGACGCUGCAGAUUUCGUGACUGGGGAGAAAAAAAAUCGUAUGUGCGUAUGUGAGUGAGGUGUUAGCAGGUGCUUGAUUUGCCGGUGCCGUGGUUUUUGGUGUGUUUGUGCUGAUCGGAAGCAGCCGCACGGAAAUGAGGGAAGAUUUUACGCAAACAGGAGCAGCAAAGCUUCCGGGCCCGGUUUGCAUAUGAAUGGUCGAUGAUUGCGAAGUGCAAAGUGGAAGAAGUUUGGAGUUGAGGGGGUCGUGUUGGAGCUGCUGUGUUGGUGUGUAGUGAUAGGUGCUUUACGUGUGAAAGGUGCUCAUCCCUGUUGAACGUAUUACAAUCAGCCGCCCCUCCCCCGUUGACGACCAGACGGGUCGAUAAGCAAUCUGACGGUUGAUACAAAUUGCUUCCCAAAAUGCGCCCUCACGUUGGACGCUGAAGUUGUUGCGGUGUUGGUGUGUAUGUGUUCGUUUGUUGUUUCAUCAGUGUGUGUGUGUGUUUAAAGUUGGACCUGACCCUCACGCGAAGCGGUUAAAACCGAAUAAAGGAUUUGCUUGCGGAGAGUAUUGAGCGCAGAAAAUCACCGCAGUUGGCUAUCAGUACCCGAGCAGGCAGGCAGCAUCAUGUGGCUGUACAGUUGGUUCGGGAUCCUGCUGGGUGGACUGCUAGACAUUACGGCCUUUUCUAUCAACACCGAUAACCAGAUUUACGAUCCACAAAUAGGAGAAAACUAUGAUAGUUGCACGGUAGGGAACGGGACGUACUACCACGGGGAAACGUUCAAGCUCGAUUGUCGAACACAGUGCGUUUGUCAGAACGGUCGCCAUGCUUGUUCGACGCUAUGUCCACAUGAAAAUCUACCACCACCCGUUGACACGUCCAUUUGCAUCGCUCCCAAGCUGGUGGAACUGCCCGAUCAUUGCUGCAGAGUGUGGCUGUGCGAGCAGCCUGCAACUGACGUGAAUGCGACCUGUUACAACUCGUCCACCACGCUGUGGUCACCGUGCUCGCAGAGCUGCGGUAUCGGGACGUCGACCAGGAACAUCACCACAACGCCCGGCUGCCAGAAGCUCAGCACGAUACGGCUGUGCGAGAACCAUCGGUGCAACCGCCCGGGCAAUAAUUACUACAUCGCCGGUGAGUACGCGACCGAGGGGCUGCCGGGCCGGGGUAACGCGGAUCGCGCGGAAGAUGGACCGACGGACAUGGAAGGUGACCGUUCCGGUGUCACCAGCCGCAAACAGCGACCGUACUACGAUGGCAACAGUGGUGGCUACAGCGCUCCCAACAGCGUUUCUUUGCUCAGCGAAAACGAACAUCGAAGACGUAGGAAGGGUCACGAGUGCCGAAGCAUUCAGCGGACGGCCUCCUCCCGGUUGCGGCUCGGUCCGUGCGUUUCGCGGAAGCUUUACCGACCAAAAUCCUGCAGCCUGUGUCAGGAUUCCAGCAUGUGCUGUGUGCCUUCAAUAACCACUACUAUUAAGGUUGAAUUACUGUGCCCUUUGAACUCGGGCGAUCCGUUCGACUUCAUCGAGCACGGGUACGACCUGUGGGACAGUGCGUCGAUCGAUCCGCUCGACCAGGAGAUGCUGCAGUCCCGCCAGAUCCACAUCGAGAACAAGUACGUCGACGUCCAGUGGGUGCUGAAGUGCGAAUGCGGUCCAAAGAGCAAAAACUGUCACCCCCGGAAGUCUGCGGGAUCAUCACCGGGUGGCCACUCGAGCAGAACAACCGACCACCACCAGCAGCAGCAGCACCAACAGCGACGAUUGGGCUCAUCUGACCCGCAACCAGCGAGCGCAGCGGGAUCCACAGCGGCCGAGCAGCAGCGCAACAGCACCGCAUAUCGCACGCUGCUGGGAAAGGCACGUCCGCACGGGGGGCAGGACGUGACCGGCGUGGAUCACGCCAUGGGUAGAGCCGAUCCACCCGUCGACAACACGGAUCCCGUCGACUACUACGAUGGCGGUCAGAGCGCUCGGAAGGGCCACAAACAUGCGGGCCACCAUCGUUCGUCGGUGCAUCGGCGUCUGGUGCAUCGUGGUCUGCAUCACCGACAGCAGCAGCAGCAGCAGCAGCAGCAACAACAAAACCGACAACCCGAUCCAUUCGGCAGCUGGAACGAUGCCAGCUCGGCUGUUGUGGAUGGUAGUGAGGAGCUGCUGAAGCGGGUUCAUCGAACAUAAUAAACUGCUGGCUCAAGACUCGCGCGUGUGUGCGUGUGAGAGUGUGUCCGGUGUACGGCAAUCGAUGCGCGGGGUUGAAAUUCAAUGCGGAAAUGCAAUUGGCGUACUUCCGCUUCCGGCUAGGCUGGGCUAAGGAUCGGUCCCUUGUGAUGCUGACUAAACACACAGACAUACACACACAUAAGCACACAUCACACAUAUGUGAAAGUUCUUCGAAAAUGCUGUCAUAUUGUACAUCGAUGCGUACAAAUAUCGCCUCAGACGGUGCAAGUUUUUUUUUCGGGGUUUCGGCUUUCGUUGCCAAGGGAUCUUUUUUUUUUGUCCUCCCGAUGGGCUUGGUUUGCUCUUUGCAAAACUAUUUCCCCCCUCACGGGUGAACAGAGCAUCAUGCGACAUGCAAGAGAAAGAAAAAAACACACACAUAUGCAAAGCUAUAUCCCUUACGGAAUGUAGACUCACCUGCAAAAGGGAAAGAAGAGGUGCGCUGCAGAUGCAAUCGAAUCGAAUUGCUGCUGCUUGUACAUAGUUUUUAAUGGAAUUCUCCAUAGUGAGUGAUGCAGCAGAAUGAGAUCGUAGCAAAAAAAAGGAAGAAAAAGCAAAUAAACAAACCCAUCCCUCCCGUCUUAGUAGCAGAGGCACGAGAAGGAAAAGGGUCAAGUUUGGGAGCGUUUCUGAUUCCUUAUUUGCUCGGGAGUAGAUCAGCUCUUUCUCCGGUUUUUUAUCCACCCCACAGCUUGAUGAUACUCUAGAUGGCAGAGCUUUUUUUUAAGUGUGUAUGCAUAGAAGAAAGCUUGCGCAAAACUUUAUUAAAUGCUGUUGCAGUGGAGCGGCAACUCGUGUAGUUAAUUUGUUCAAGCGUGACUUUAUUAUGUGAAUGCACACAAAUGAGAAAGAGAGUAGAAAAAUAAAUCUUAUACUAUUAUCCCGUGGAACCAAUUGUAGCGCGAAAUAGACAGUGAAUGGAUGGACGAUUUUUAUCGUGCAUGGUAAUGAACUACCCCGGUGCGGUAGUUGCAUCCGGAAGUGAAAAAGCAAGUGAUAAAACGUAAGUAAACGAGAGAACUAAAAAUAAAAGAAAACUCUCGAACAUACACAUCAAGCUACAUUGCAUCACUCGCAUCUAUUGCGACCGCGAAGGGUACAGAAAAAAAACCGGAUGGUGAUGGAAGCAAUGCUUGGAAAACCCGCAAGGAGAGUUGCAAACCUGAUCCGCAAAACCACCAUAUCCCCACAGAACCUCAGAGGCAAUGAGUGUCUAUGUACGUGUGUAGAAGAACAGAAGACAUAAGCAUCAACGUGACUAUUAUUAUCAUCAUCAUCAUCAUCAUCAUCAUACCACUGCUACCACUACACCUUAAUAGCUACAACUACUACUACUACUACUACUAUUACUACUCACCCUUCCCAAAACCACAGUUUCGUAUCAACGUGAAUGGUUUCAAACAAACUCUUGAUAGGUCUUUUACUGUGUGUCGUGCAGAAAAGGUGGAACAGGGAGAAAAGGAAACGAAACAUAAAUCCAUGCUUUAGUUCCCUUCUGCGGGCUAGCGCUUCUUCCGGCGAGGGAGUCGCUAGUUCGAGACGCUGCAGUCGUCACUGCAUACCAUUGCGGGUGGGUAAUGAGUGUAUGAGUAUGUAGGUUCUUGAGGAAGAUGUGUUUCCUUCUAUUUCUUUGUGGCUGCGUAGGUUCAAUGCUGCGUUCUUUGCGAUUGCCCUUCCAAACGAGUGCGGAGCGAGGUCAGUUCGCAAGAAAGAUGAAGGCAAAUCGGCAAAAGAAAAUUAGGUCACGCUGCAUGCUCGAAAGGGGGGGAAGGGGUAUUUUUUCCGCGAUGCAGCACACUCAACGAUGGUAGGAGUGCACACAGCCCACAGAUACAAUUCCACGGACCAAAGCAACUCACAAGUGAUUGAACUCAAUGCGUGGUGAGUUUGGUAUUAUAAAUAGGUACAGUAGAAAAGGAGGUGAAUGGAACAUAUUUUUUGCAUUAUUUAAAAAAAACUAAAGAUAACACACUUUUAAAAGCUUUUUUUCUAGAUCAUUGUACUUAGCUUUACUCAUAUGAAUGCGUAAUAAUUUCUAAAACAGGGUUUAAGGUAUGUUUUCCUUAGUAUCGUUUAAAAAGUAGUAUAUAGCCCUCAGCAUCGUCAAGUUUUCACCAUUUAUUUCCAAACUAUGAAGAGCGUAAUCUGUUGGGAAAUAAUUGUUUGCAAUCAUCUCCUUUUCGCUUAGUUACGAUUAAAUCCCUCUCGUUCGUUGCUACAUCAUUGCUGCGCCGUUUCAAUCGGCGUAUAAUGUGAAUGCAGAACAAGGUAUAAAACACACCUUAACCAAGAGGAAAGAAAGCUUUUUCGAUUUUACUGCACUUGAAAGGACUCAAACAGUGUAGCCGAGUGUAGUGUUAAAAACAAACAAACAAACAAAAAACUUAGUGAAAAUUAUACAUACUAUAUUCUCAACCCUCUUCUGGCGGGAUAUCUUAACCGUGUAUUGCGGUUAAUGAACAAGCUCUUAUCCAACACACUUUGACACAAGUACACCUAUACAAACACUCUCAGACGCAUGUAUGAGAAUUAUAUUCGGUGCAUAUACAGACAGACCCAAACAAACGCGUACUCACGAUUGUACAAGCCACUUCACAGAAUUAGUUAUUCUGCACACAAGAGCACAAGAAACUACAAACUACAAGAACAAGACGUCGCCAACACUUUCACUGAGCGAAAUAGUUAAACAGAGCGAAAGGAUUAAUUAUGUGUUUGUGUAAGCGUGUGUGUGUGUGUUUGUGAGCGAUAGAGAAGGAGCGAAACGAGUGAAACGAGUGAAAUAUCAUUGCACGAUACGUAUGUAAAUAUGAAAAUAGUACUAGACAAAACCCCCGCUCACCUUCGUACGAAUGUGAACGGCUAAACCUUCACUGCAUCCUUGGAGCGAUUAUUAGACGGGGAAGUGUUGUUGAGGGUGCUGUACAUGAAGUGCAUUGGAAGUCGAGGAAAAGGGCUAAUUUUCACAACCAAAUAUCAGUGGUAGACAAAGUGGCACAGUAGCACGCGUGGUAGCAUCGGUUUGAGAGUGGUUAAAAGCAAAGAAUAAACUUGUAUACUCAAGCAGUUUGCUAUCAAUUACCGAAAGGGCACUGAGGUGAGAGGUGAAGUGGUGAUGUGUGAAACAAAUGGUCAUGCAUUGCAAUGUAACCGACUCCAACGGGUAGGGUGAUAUGGAAUGGGAUAAGAAAAAUAAAAACGACAAAAUGAAUAGAUGA